AGCUUCACUCCUACUCAAUUCCUAAUUUCCCAAAUAAAAACCAUAACACUCACUUGACAUCUUUCCCUAUAAUUCCUAAUUUCGACACGUUCUUUACAUAAAUUACCAGAUUUGCCACUAUGAGCUUCUUGAUUCCUAAUAGAGGAGUAGGAGGAACCAAGAUUCCUCUCUCCAUCAUCGUUCUCGUUCUUUGUGGUUUCAUGUUCUUCAUUCUCUUAUACACUGAAAGAAUCAGCUUGUUGUCUUCUUCUUCCUCUUCGUCUUCAUCUUUCUUCAAGCUAAAGUCUUGUCCGAGGAAAGAUGUUAGCUCGAAACCUAGUAAGCACAUACGCGAUACUCGAAUCUGAAAACUCUGUUUUGUCCAAUUUCAGUGUUCCUUUCUUGUUGUGCAAGUAGUCUCAUGAAAUUCCCCUGCUUUUCCUUGUUGCCAGAGGAGAAAAUUCGAAAGGAAAGAUCAGAGAUAUUGGAAGUGCUUGACGACAGGUUCGAAUUCGAUCCCGAAGAGUGUAACGUUGCAGCAGGGAAAUGGGUUUACAAUAGCUCAAUUGAACCACUCUACACCGAUAGAUCAUGUCCAUACAUCGAUCGUCAAUUCUCUUGUAUGAAAAACGGACAGCCAGAAACUGAUUAUCUUCGGUGGGAAUGGCAGCCUGAUGACUGUACAAUUCCACGAUUUAGUCCGAAGUUAGCAAUGAACAAACUCAGAGGAAAAAGACUACUUUUUGUGGGAGAUUCGUUGCAACGAAGCCAAUGGGAAUCGUUCGUGUGUUUGGUGGAAUCAAUAAUACCCGAAGGAGAAAAAUCAAUGAAGCGUAGCCAAAAAUACUUUGUAUUUAAAGCAAAGGAAUACAAUGCGACUAUAGAGUUCUAUUGGGCACCGUAUAUCGUCGAAUCAAACACAGAUAUACCUGUGAUUUCGGAUCCAAAGAAACGGAUAGUGAAAGUGGACUCAGUGAAAGAUCGAGCUAAGUUUUGGGAAGGAGCUGAUAUUUUGGUUUUCAACACUUAUGUUUGGUGGAUGAGUGGUCUCCGCAUGAAAGCUCUGUGGGGUUCUUUCGGAAAUGGAGAGAGUGGUGCAGAGGCACUAGACACACAAGUGGCUUACAGGCUAGGACUCAAGACAUGGGCUAAUUGGGUAGACUCCACCGUUGACCCUAAUAAGACCAGAGUCUUCUUCACCACCAUGUCUCCUACUCAUACUAGAAGUGCGGAUUGGGGAAAGCCAAACGGCACGAAGUGUUUCAACGAGACGAAACCGAUAAAAGAUAAGAAGUUUUGGGGAACAGGCUCUAACAAGCAGAUGAUGAAAGUAGUGUCAAGCGUGAUAAAGCACAUGACUACGCAUGUGACAGUCAUCAACAUCACGCAGCUCUCUGAGUAUCGCAUCGACGCUCACACAUCAGUUUACACCGAGACAGGUGGCAAGAUCCUAACCGCUGAGCAGAGGGCUGAUCCAAUGCAUCACGCUGAUUGUAUACAUUGGUGUUUACCUGGACUACCCGAUACAUGGAAUCGGAUCCUAUUGGCUCAUUUGUAAAUCAAGCUAGGAGGAAGCUGAGGGUUAAACGGGAAAAACCCAAAUCCUCUGUUUUUCUCCUCUUGUGUUGUCGGAGAUUUGUUUGUUUCAGUGUAUUGUGAUUGUCGUCAAUUUUCAUAAGAUCAAACAGACUCGGCCCGUUUAUUAUAUGACCUUGAAGUGACUAAAACAAAAGUAAUAAUAUUACAAGG